UGCCCGAGGGGCUAACGGACCAGGCGUGGCAGCUGCUGGCGGUGUUCCUCACCACUAUAACGGGACUGAUCCUCGGGCCGCUUCCUGUGGGCGCGUGGGCCUUCACUUGCCUCUCCUUCGCUAUAAUCACAGGCACUCUCUCUUUCUCUGACGCCAUUAGCGCCAUGACAAACGAGGUCAUCUGGUUAAUCGUUAUCUCAUUCUUCUUCGCGCGCGGCUUCGUCACCACGGGCCUGGGUGACCGCAUCGCCACGCUCUUUGUCAAGUGGUUCGGCAGCAGCACCUUGGGCCUCAGCUAUGGGCUUGCAGCAAGCGAAGCCCUGUUGGCCCCAGCCAUGCCCAGCACCACGGCGCGGGCCGGAGGCGUCUUCCUCCCCAUCAUCGACUCUCUCUCAAAGCGCUUUGACAGCCGCCCCAACGACCCCAGCAGCAAGAAGCUCGGCGCGUUUCUCAUCAUGACUCAACUGCAGACCUCAGCCCACAGCAGCGCCAUGUUCCUCACUGGAGCCGGGCAGAACCUGCUGUGCAUGAAGCUCGCGCAGGAAAUGGGUGUGGCGAUCCCGAACGCCUUUGCCACGUGGAUGGGGAUGGCAGUGGUGCCUGGCAUGCUGGGGUUGGUGGUCACCCCCAUGCUCAUGUUCAAGGUGUUUGCACCCGAGGUCAAAGAGACGCCAGAGGCGCCGGGGCUUGCUAAGAAGCGGCUUGAGGAGAUGGGGUCGGUGAGCGGGAAGGAGAUGAUCAUGAUUGGCACCAUGGGACUCGCGAUUACCAUGUGGAUCAUGGGUGAAUCGCUGGGCAUUCCCAGUGUGGUAACUGCCAUGUCAGCGCUCUCCCUCCUCCUCCUCUCAGGCGUCGUCUCGUGGUCCGAUUGCCUCUCUGAGAAGUCAGCCUGGGACACCCUCAUGUGGUUUGCUGCUCUCAUCGCCAUGUCCGCCCAGCUCACCCACAUGGGGGUCGUUGGCUGGAUGGCCGAUGGGGUUGCAGGCGGGCUCGGGAUGGUCCCUGGGGGGAUUUUGGCAGGGGAUAUGGCCACAGGGGGGAUGCUGGGGGAGGAGAUGGGGGGAAUGGCGGGGAUGCUGGGGGGAGAUUUGGGGGAGAUGGUUGGGGCGGGGGUGGCGGCAGUGGGAGCGGGAGCGGGGGGAGCGGUAGCAGCAGUGGGAGCAGCGGGAGGGGCGGCGUUAGAGCCAAUGACUAGUGCCGUAACCGCUACUGCCAUCACCACUACUGCUGCUGCCCUACCACCCCUAGACUCCCCAGCAGAGCUAACUUGGGUCUCCAGUUUCUUCCAGCUGCAAGUCCUAUACUUCCUCGCGCAUUACCUUUUUGCCAGCCAGACAGCCCAUGUGGGGGCGCUCUAUGCGGCUUUCCUUGCCAUGCAGCUAGCGGCUGGUGUUCCCGGGGAGGUUGGUGCUUUUGCGCUGGCGCUAAAUACGAAUUUGUUUGGCGCGAUUACGCAUUAUAGCAGCGGGCAGGCGGCGCUGUAUUAUGGAGGUGAGCGAUAG